AUGGCAGAGCCCAGAAGGAUUACUCUCCAAGAAGCAGGGGCCCCGAUCUUUACACUGCAACCGUAUCAAGCGCGUCAUCCAAAUCUGGUUGCAGAUUUUGAAUUGAAGACUGUGCUAAUCAACCUACUACCUAAGUUUCAUAGCUUACCUGCUCAAGAGCCAAUUAAGAAAUUUCCAGACAGCUUGCUAAAAACUAUUAGGCAUCAUAGUGCAAAUGAGACUACUAUUUUGCUACCUGCUUUCCCAUUUUCGCUUGAGGGAAAGGCAAGGGAGUGGUUCUACACUCAACCUGAAGCAGUUGUUACAAACUGGGAUUUGCUCAUAAGGAAAUUCCUGGAUAAAUACUUUCCAGCUGAAGUUGCAAAUAGGCUGAGGAAAGAAAUUUUCUGCAUUAUUCAAGGUGAAACAGAGAGUCUUUAUGAGUAUUGGGAACGAUUCAGGAACCUCCUAGACUCAUGUCCCCACCAAAAGAUUGACCAGUUGGUGUUGAUUUGCUAUUUCACAAAAGGCAUGAAGCCUCAAGGCAAGACUACAUUAGAUGCUGCGAGUAAUGGCUUUCUGAAGAAGUACAAGAUGGCGACAAAAGUGUGGCAACUGAUCACCGAUCUAGCUGAGUCUACCCAGAAUGCCAGGCACAGGAACAACCAUCCCAAGGCUAUUGCGGAGGUUUCCUCUAGUAUUGAGACUGCUGCUCUCACGCAGACUCUAGGAGAGAUAACCAGCAUACUAAAGCAGCUACAGCUGAAUCAACAACAACCUCAGCCUCCCCCACAACAACAGUGUCAACAGUUGGUUUCUCAUAGAAUGUGCGGAAUAUGUGCCUGCUAUACUCAUUACACUGAUGAAUGUCCCCAACUCCAACAAGAAGACAACAUCUUGGAAGAUACCCAUAAUUUCUAUGACUGCCCAAAUCAAGGAUACUAUCAACAAAGCAGUAAUUAUAACCAGGGUGGGAACUACACUCAAGGUUGGCAAGACAACUCCAACCCAGGGUGGAGAGAUAACUUGAACCAAGGGUGGAGAGGUAACUCCAACCAAGGGUGGAGAGAUAACUACAAUCAAGGAGGCAGAGAUAAUGGUGGAAAUCAGAGGUGGAACAACACCAGCAAUCAGCAGAACCGGUAUCAAUAG